GGUUAUUUGGUUUAAGCAAGUUUAGGAUUGUUUUCAUUUACAGUAUUAAUAAGUAAUAUAGUUUAGUGAGUAAUAGUAAAAAGAUAUUUUGAAAGACCUAAAAGAGUUUGGAAAAUAUUUAUGAUGGUAUUUAAAAUGAAAAUUAAAACAUAAGGACUCUUCGAAGCAAUUACUUUCAGCAUUAUUAACUCAUGUAUUGAAUGUAAUAUUGGCUAUGGAAUUAUCUUCAGAAACAGAUAAGAAUGCUUGCAUCUGGUAUUUUAUUACAUUUAUGUUGGAUUCAACAAUGGGUAUACUUCUAAUAUUUUUACUCAUGAAAUCAUUAAAUAUGAUAUUUACAUAUUUUGAUAUGAGAGUAUAUACAAAUAUUAAUUAUUCAGAAAUUACAAAGUGGUAAUUAUUUCAAAAUCUAAGAAAAUGUAAGAAUAGAUGGGUAAAUAUAUGUAUGUCAAUUAUUUGUAUGGAAUUCUGUUGUAAUUGUUUCUAAAUUUUUAUUAUUUGGAUUUCAAGAACUAGUUGCUGA